CUGGCGUCUUGGUUUGCCGGAAGCAUCAAAAGCAGCGCCCGACGGUCGCCCAUGCCGCCCAAGGCGCCCAAAGCCGGCGCCAAGAAGGCAGCGGCUAAGCCUGCCGCAAGCCCUGAGCCUCCGCCGCCAGCAAGAUCCCCCAGCCCGGAGAAGUUAUCGGUGUUCGAUGCAGAGACCAACCUGAAUUUCGUGGAGGACGAAGACUGGGCGUCCCUUGCUGAAAAUGCGACCAACCCCACCAUUGCCAAGGUCCUGGAGGCGGCCCAGCUGCUGCUGGGCGCCGAAGACGCCGCCGGCGGCGGCGGCGACGUGGCGCCGCUGCUGGCGGCGCUGAGAGCGCUGGGCCCAAGGGCGGGGCAGCUGGCGAAGGCCAAGGCAGCGCUGGAGGCGAUGGACCUGGGGAAGUUGCAGGAGAAGCCCAGCGCUUCAGCCAAGGCGGAGCCCAAAGUGGCGGCGAAGUCGGCCAAGGCCAAGGCCAAGGCGCCCGCCGCGCCGCCCCCGCUGCCCGGAGCUCCCGCGGUGCUGGCCCUGGCACAGCUGAUCGAAGCCUACGUGGCGGAGCGAGAAAGCGUGCAGAAAUACGAUAUGGAGUGGCAGCCGGUGCCGUUUAGGCAGCUUUACCGCAGCCUGCAGCGGGCACUGCUGGCGCGGCAGCACGCCUGCCUCCUGUGCUGCUCCGCUCGGGCCGCGGCGGCGGCCAAGCUCCACUGCCAGCUCGCAGGCAGCGUGAUCUUCGAUCUCUACGAGCUCCAGAUGCGGAUGAAUCUCUGCAAGAGCUUGUCCCUGGAGCGAGCGCGACUGGAGCUACACCACGCCUUGAAGGAAGCCAUGAGCUCGGGCAAGCGCCUGGUUCUGCUCCUGGGAUCUUCGCCUUUGAACCUGCGCCACUUCUGCGACAGCCGCGUGCCAUUGGAAAUCUUUGACUUCGAGAAGCUGGAGGAGGUGGGCAAAUCGCUGGGCUUGGAGGUGAACCCGAGCUUCCAAGUGGUGCUGCUGCUUCAGCUACCGAAGACCAAGGCGGAGAAGCAGCUGGCGCAGCUGUUGCCCUUCGACGACCUGGCGGUGUUGGUCUUGGAGGAGACCAGUUUGCCGGCCCUGGCGAGCCUCGCGGCGGCGGAGAAGGCGGCGCCGUGUCUGCGCUCGGGGCUGGAGCUGCUGGUCCUUGAGCCGGAGAAGCGUGAGGUGCUGGAGGAGACAUCGGAGGACCCGGGCAUCAACUCGGAGGACUUCGAAUACCUCGAGAACUUCGGCCCCGACUGGGAGGAGCGCUGGUCGCUGGGGCCAGCGGACCAGGACGAGAACGGGAAAGAGAUCCGGAAGGGCUUGAUCACUGCCAAGCUUGUGAAGUACCCGGCCAAUCCCAAGGAUGCGAAGAGCUGCCUGCAGCUGAUGGGAGGGGCGACCAAUGCGCCAUGCACCGGGAUUUGGACGAGCUUCAGCCCGCUGAUCAGACCCACCGAGGUGGAGUUCGAGUUCACCAUGAACGGCAAGGUGGACAUGCCCAACGCCUGCGUGGUCUUCACGGAGAAGCCCUUCGAGGGCGCCCUGCCGGAUUGCACGGUGGGCCUGCAAUUCACCGUGCGGGGAGGUAUGCAGCUCUGCGGCGGUGGAGGUAACCUCGUCAGAAUCAGCAACGACGGCAAGAUUCAGAAUGACAAGUGGAACAAGGUGCUCAUGCAGAUCGACUGGACGGACAAAGUGGUGGUGGCACAAGUGGAUACACGAGGCAAGGGCUAUGCGCCUGCCAUUCAGACUGUGCCCUUCAGGGAUCCCAGCUGCAUGGGCUUCGGUGCGCUCUUCAUCUACAACACGGACACGCAGGCCACCUGCUGGUUCACCUCCCUGAGAGUGAAGCAAAGCAAAGAUAUGCUCCUUGACACCGAUGCCUUGGCUGCCCGCAGAGAUCUGGCAGAGCGGCUGAAGCAGAGGGAGUACCAGAUGGCAGUGGACGCGGAUAUGGAGGUGGGGAUGAAGAUGGGUGCUAUCAAGUCCACUUCCUGUCACGGCAUGAACCUCGCCAUGGAGCAGGCUGCCAACAAUGCCAGUAGCAAGGCGAUGGGGUGAAGCUUUUUGCGCGUGCACCCGUGAGAGGAGCUCGCGAAAGCAGCGCUCGGCCCAGAGAUCUCGGAGAAGAUGACCCACGAACUCUAAAGCGCGUCGGCUGGCGGCGUGUCAGGCCCAAAGGGAAGUCCAGGUGCAAAGCUAGGUCCCCCAGUAGUGCCC